AAUAUAAUGUUAGAAAAUUCAACUUAUUCUCAAUCGCAUAAAGAGCAUAAAAAUUUCUAAAAGUAAAGCCAAUUAGAAAAUCCUGUAAUCUUAUAUAAAUAUACAAAGUGAAUGAUUUUAAUGAAGAGCGUUUGUGAACGCCGCGGUAUUUAUAGAAAGCCGUCGGAUAUGGAGCGGCCACUCUGGUUAUUUGCUGCUUCGAGAAAUAUUUCAUGCUGGAGACGCUCUUAGAUAAUAUUAAAAAACUAGGUUGCAGCUGAUUGAGGUUUUUUUUUAUUAAGAACUAAUAACAGUGUCAAUGACUCCGUCAGUGAUGUGUGUGUGUUGUGUCAAUAGGUGACAUUAGUGUGGGAAACAAAACGUACAACGAGCAAGUAUGGAGAGCCGCGUGGGUCUCGACUACAUCGUAGAGCAUGCGGAGUACGCCGGCAAACUCGCGGCGGCGCUCAUGACGCCAACAGCCGCUGUGAAAAAACAAGUCUUUGAACUUCUAUCAGCGCUCUGUGUGUACAACGCCGACGGAUACGCCAGGGCAGUCGACACGCUCGACAGAUACAAGACACUGAAGGGUGAUCGCUACCGUCUGUCCGUGGUGGUAGAGGAACUGAAACAAGCUACCACCAUCGACUACAAAACAGCGCUCGUGGCAUUCGUCAACUGUCUGAUAAUAUCCGCCCCCCGGCUGCCGGACAGGAUACGAGUGAGGAAUGAGUUUAUUGGACUCGGUUUACUCUCUACGCUUAGCAGUUUAAGACACGAAGCUGCUUCUCAUCCGAAUCUCGGCGUUCAGCUGGACGUCUUCGAGGAGCAGAGAGAGAGUGACGAGGCUCACGGACCUGGAGGAAUCAAUCUCAACUCACACCUCGACGUCUUCUACGCUAUACUCAAACAGGUAUCAGACACCCCCCAAGAGAUCCCGUUCCUCAGUAUAUUGCAACACUUACUCCGAAUAGACCCUAAGGAAGCUGUCAGUGAUAUAGUGUGGGAUACGGCUGAGACACUCGUACACCGGGCGACCCUGCUGGAGACGAGAGAAGAUGCCGCUAAACUACUACGAGCUCCGAGCGUUCAGACCAAAAUGGUGUGCGCGUGUCAACACCGCGAGGCUGGCUCCGCGAGGAAGCAGAGUCUCCAGCGAGCGCUGUCACCACCACCCGCACCACCAGCUCCGCCAGCUCCGCCCGCGCCACCUGGAUCUCACGCCCCCCUCCCUCCCUUACCGCCCGCUCCCCCAGCUCCCCCUGCCCCGCCGGGUCCUCCCCGCUCGGGUCCCCCUCCUCCUCCUCCCGCGCCGUCCACCCCCACCCCACCUCCGCCGCCAGUGGUGGACGUGAAGCUGCCGCAGCAGGAGACUCCUCUACCGAAAACGAAAAUGAAGACGAUCAACUGGAACAAGAUCCCCAACAGCAAAAUCGUGGGCCAGAACAACAUCUGGUCGCUGGUAGCGUCGAGUCACAAACACUCGCCUAAAGCAGAGCUGGACUGGACUGAGAUCGAGGGGCUGUUUUGUCAACAGCUCCAGCCGCCAGGGUCCGCAGGCUCGUCCCCCCGUCUCGGGCGCAGUCCCGUCUGCGACAGUUCAGGAGAACGAAAGCCCCGCAAGGAACCCUCGGAGAUCACACUCCUCGACGGGAAGCGCAGCCUCAACGUUAACAUUUUCUUGAAGCAGUUCCGCAGUUCCAACGAGGAGAUCAUACAAAUGAUCCGUGAAGGAGCUCACGACGACAUCGGCGCAGAGAAACUCCGCGGACUCUUAAAGAUACUGCCCGAGAUCGACGAGUGCGAGAUGCUGAAAUCCUUCUCCGGUGACGUCACCAAGCUCGGGAACGCCGAGAAAUUCCUCCUUCAACUCAUCCAGCUGCCCAACUACCGUGUUCGCGUGGAGGCUCUCCUGCUGAAGGAGGAGUGGUCGUCCACCGCAGGCGCACUGGAGACAGCGGUCAACGCGCUCCUGGUGGCGGGAGAUGACCUCAUGUCCUCGAGAGCCAUACAGGAGGUGCUAUACAUCCUGCUGGUGGCGGGUAACUUCCUGAACGCUGGAGGGUACGCGGGCGGAGCAGCCGGGGUCAAGCUGUCCUCGCUACAGAAGCUCACCGACAUCCGCGCCAACAAACCGGGGAUGAAUCUGAUGCACUACGUUGCCAUGCAAGCUGAACGGAAGAACAAGGAGCUGGUGCACUUCGCGGAUGACAUACGAGUGCUGGAGGAGGCCUCGAAGGCCAGCGUGGAACAGCUGCACAACGAAAUACACACCCUCGCCAACAGGAUCCACACCUUGAAGAGAGAUCUGCAUCACACCAGCGAAGACAUCCGCCUCCAGUCGGGGGAUUUCCUCCAGGUAGCGGAACGCGAGGUGGCAGCCCUGAAAAAGGAUAUGGAGGAAGUGGAGGGGAUGAGGAAACAGCUCGCGGAGUUCUUCUGUGAGGAUCCGGUGUCCUUUAAACUGGAAGAGUGCUUCAAGACGUUCGUAUUAUUCUGCACCAAGUUCCGUUCGGCCGUCGCAGACAACGAGAGACGGCGAACGCUGGAACAACAAGCGGCGGCCAGGAACAGGAACAGGAACAAGAUGCAGAAGAAGACCGGGGACGUGCUGGGGAACAACGACUUAGGCGGCAGUGUGUGCAGUACUCCUGUGUCGGAGAGCGAGUCCCUGAUGGAUUCUCUGCUGCUGGACAUCAGGAACGGUCUCGGCAGACGGUCGCUAAGAAAACCCCACGAACCAUCCCCGUCCCCCGACGCGACUCCACCCGGUAGUCUCCGCCGUCGUUCCCGCGCCUCCCCGGACGAGGACGGGCUGAUGGAGUUCCUCCGCCACGCCUCCCCCGCGGCCGACGACCACAGGGAAAGAAGCGCCUGGGGAAGCCUCGAUCGCUCCUGGUCUCGGCGGGCUCCGGUCCGCGCUCGUCUGGAGCUUCCGGACCGAGAGCGUGCGCCCCCGUCCACCCCGCAACCCUCCACCACCCCCGGGGACAACCCCAAACCCAAGGAGUGGCGUCAGAAGAUCGAGUCCUGGCUUCGCGCGAACAGCGAGGAGGAGCGCCGGGCGCCGUCCCCGAGCGCGGCUGCCCCGGCCUCGUCCUUGGCCCCGGCCCGGGCCCGCUCCCUCCGAGUGCUGCAUCGGCGCUCCUUGGAAAACGACUCCGAGAGCGAGCGCAGUACACUGGACACGCUGACGGAGGGCGGCGGCGCGGCGGCGGGAGAGAGGGGCUGGAGACCGGAAGUGCCCACAGACACGGACCUCGUGAAGGCCAUCGAGGUCGUCGAAGAUGUUCAGCCGAAAACAAUAGAGAACAGGAUACCGUGGAGAAAGACGGAGGAGAACGAGGAGAUACGGCGACUGAGGAGACAGAGGUCACGACCGCAGAUGGAGUCACAACCACUCGUGGCCAUCACGGAGGAGAGGAGGAGGCUGCCGGACAUCACCGUCACCAGGGAUACAGUACCGACAGACAACUCACGUAGAGGGGAGGUCGAUUCGGAGAAUUUAGAGACCCCGCCCGUACAGAGGAAGAUGUUCAGUCCGCCGCCUGACAGAGAACCCUGCAGAAGAUUCCUACCGGCGAUAUCCAACACCAAUACCAACGAUAAGGCGUCCCCGGAGAUGAAGGACCUCUGUCAGGAGAUACUGGGCGAUGGACAGUUCGACAGAUUCUCAGCCGCGAGAAGAACGAGGCGGUACAAGAGAAGUACGGAGACCAGCUCCCCAGAAGACGAGAAGAAGAGCGCCUUGGAGCUAGUGACGGAAACACAAGUCACAAGACCUGCGACACUAGAAGUACAGGCCGCGUACCCGGCGGAAGAAACGAAGGAGGUCACGAGACCCUCGGAGACCAGAGACGACACAGAGAACAGGUUGAAGCGGUGGCAGGAACGAUUGAAAAACCAAAGCAAAGACAAAACGCCAGCCAAAGACAGGGUGCCGUACUCGAGAAUGAGGCGGCAGACCUCCAUCAACCAAGAAGACGUCCAGAAAGCUAUCAGGGAGCUGAAGUCUCCGACGCAGUCUCCCGCGGGCGUGUGGUCCAGGAACGCUUACAGGAGGUCUUUAAACGCUAAAACGGACAAGGUAACGCCCACAGCCCCCGCUCCUGCCCCCGCCGCGGCCACCGGCAGCGGCACUCACGACAGAACAACGUCCCCGAGGAUCUUGAAAGUGAAAAGCGAACACGAACUCAACGACGAGGGCUUCGAGGAGACGCAGAGUCUGAACUCGGAGAGCGCCUCGCAGGGAGCGUCCUCGGGCUGCGGGGUCGACUGCGAGUCACCCGUUCCCAAGAAAAACACAGAAAUCCCAAAGAAAAUAGCUACCAAAGACACGAGGCCGCCUCCGCGGACGCCGCUCGACCCCAGGCGAAGUCUCCCGCGGAGGCCGACCUCUCUGCGGGUAGAGCGCUCCGCGUCCAGGGCGUCUCUGAGGAGCUCCCGGAGUUCCUUGAACAGCUCGGCGUCCGUGGCGACCGUCAAGCGAGCGCCCACCAUCAAACCCGUCCCCAAGCCGAUCCCCAAACCGGCGCCCAGGGUACCGGCCUCCCGGUCCUCGUCCAGCGGCAGCUCCAUCGGCACCUCCAGGCCCAAGGCCGACAAGACGUCCGGCUUCAUGAGGCCCACGCAGGCCUCCAAGGUCCGAGGGUCCGCGGCGAAGACGAGCGCCAAGUGAACUGGUGGAUGUCGAUCUGUUGGAACCUUCAGGCGCCGCGCGGACCGACCGACUGAGCUUUAUGAUAAGUCUUACCGUAGAUCUGUCGGCAUUAACGUAAAGUGAAUAUAUAUAUCGCGCGCCGCCCGCCCGCCCUACGGACGGCGCGCUUUUAUUUGUAAAGAGGAUUCCGGUAUCUCUCACACGCAUGUUACGGGUACGGGGCGGCGUGCGCUGUGAUCGGUGAUUUUUCAUAUUUUUUUAUUAAAAAAAUCUCAUUAAUCCCGGUCCGCCGCUCCCUCACGAGUCAACGCGAAUCUUUCCGUCCUGUUCUCUCCGCGUCUCCUGUAACCUCACUCUGAACAGUAUUCCUGGAAGCCCUCCAUCAUCAGUAACACGAGAUCUGAUUUUUAUAUAGCGUUAUCGUAGCUGCAGCGUCCUGUGACGUCACAGCCCCGGCUCCCUAGAUAUAAUUCUUAACCGAUAUUAUUAUAAAUGUUUAUUUUUACUAAAAUAUACAUUAAAUUUAUAUUCGA